CCAAGCAUGAACAGUAAAGUGUGGCUCAUCACUGGCGCUUCCUCAGGCAUCGGACGUGCAAUCACCGAGCAUGUCUUGUCCAGAGGCGACAUCGUCGUAGCGACAAUGCGCAAACCGUCCGCCAUCGCCGAUCUCGCGGCGACGUGCGGCCGCGACGUCCUGCUCCCCGUCGAGCUGGACGUGACCAACUACGCGCAGGCCGCCGCCGCCUUCGACCGGGCAAAAGAGGCGUUCGGGCGGAUCGACGUGGUCGUCAACAACACCGGGUACGGCAUCUGCGGUGAGUUCAAGGCAAUACCGGAGGAAGACGCGCGCAGGCUCGUCGACGUGAACUACUGGGCGCCGGCCAACAUCACGCGCCAGGCGAUCCGGUUCUUCCGCGAGGUGAACCCCGCUGGCGCGGGCGGCACGGUUCUUCAGGUUACGUCUGGGGCGGGGUUUGUUGGUGUGCCGAUUUAUUCCCAGUAUGCUGCCAGUAAGCAUGCUCUAGAGGGACUCACCGAAGGAAUAGCCGGGGAGUUGGAUCCUGCCUGGAACAUCAAGCUGUGUCUCGUCGAGCCUGGUCAGUUCGACACGAACGGCCCAAACGUGACCCUCGUCCUACCUGUGCACCCCGCAUACGCGACGAGCAAGUCUUUGCCCUCUCACCCCAUGAGGGCCGACACCGUUGGUGUGCGAUUCAAGGGCGAUGCUGCGAAACUUGCGAGGGCGGUCUACGACGUCGUUUUGUCUGGAGACAUUCCGCUGCGCUUGCCGAUGGGCUUGGACUGCGUGCGACUGCUGAAGACCAAGGCGAGAGCGCUUCAGGAGACGGCCGAGAGCACGGAGAAGUGGUCGGUUGACAUGCUGCGUGAAGGCGUUGAAGGCAUCACAGAGGACGACGCUAUUUAUCAGAGUGUGCUGGCAGCGACACAUUGAAUUUGCCUUCGCGUGCCAAUUCCCUGUUGUACUUUGUGAGUAAAGCUGUUCGCAAUAUCAU